AUGGAUUACAGCGCCUCCGUUCACGAUGCCGAUCAUCCGACAGGCGCUUCGCCCUGGGGCAAUUCCCCAGCGCCCUCCCCUCACGCCCACCGAACAACCUUUGGCGAUGUAGCCGGCGAACCCCCAGCGUCGCCACCCCAUUUUGACUCAGGCGUCCCAAGCAACGGUUUCGCCGCAGAUCACGAAGAAGAGGAGGGCUUUGGGCCAUCAGACCAUGGUUUCGGCAGACCAGCUACCGGCAGCACCAUUUCUGACAGUGACACACAAGCGCCCCCAACAGACACAGCAUCCGGGGAGGCAGCGUUCGGACAGCAGCAUGCAAAUACCUCUCCUUCGCAGCCAAAUGAUCCCAAUCGGCUGUCUGGGGAUACUGCGCGUGCUAGUCAGGAGCAGCCUCAGAUUCGGAAGCCUACGCAGCCGUUGUACAAGCUCCAAGCCAAGAUCACUGGCCUCGAACGCGCCGCGCGAAAAGACCCUAUUCUAAGAUUCGACGUUCACACCAACCUCCCAAAGUUCCGAACAACCCAAUUCCGAGAUGUCAGACGCCUGCACUCAGAGUUUGUUAAGCUUGCCGAGUACCUUAUAUCUGCGAAUCCCGAAGCGAUCGUUCCGGCUGUCCCACCACCUCUGACAUCUGCCGGCGCUGGGACGGACGAGGACGAGAUCAGGGUUAAAGCACUCAUGCAACGAUGGUUCAACUAUGUCUGCAGUAACGAGGUACUCGCGAGGGACGACGAGAUGGUUCUCUUUGUUGAAAGUGACUUUGGCUACAGCCCGAUGGUAAAGAAAAAGCAGCCUGCCACUGGUGUGCGACGCAAACUGUUGAAGCAGUUCGCGCCACCUCCAGAUGACACUCCUGAUCUGUCCGAGGCUCGGCCAAUAGUGAAACUAUUUUACCUGGGAUCCAUGGAUGCGGGCCACAAGGUCGACAGGCUGGUUAAAUCCCGUCGUGGGCUCGGUCUUGGACAAUCCGAGUUUGGUGUCAGGCUUGGAAGUAUGCAUGUACAGGAACCACACCAGGGCCUGGCCAACGCAUAUCGCAAACUUGGGAAAAUCGUUCAGACGGUCGGUGACUCGCAGCAAGCACAGGCUACUGCAGAGGCGUUCACCAUCGGGGAUCCCCUGCAGUAUCACUCUUCGGACGCCUUCAUCGUCAAGGAAACCUUGACGAACCGCCAACUUCUCAUUCGCGAGUUCCUGCAGGCGCAAGAGAAUACACGCAGCAAGCUCAAUGCCGCGGAUCGUCUGAAGGCCAGCUCGAAUGUCCGCCGGGAAAAGGUAGACGAAGCAAUCUCCCUGUUAGAGGACGCGAAACAGAAUGAGGCCUAUCUUUAUCAAAAGACCAGGCGUGUGACACAGAACUUGGUUCAAGAACGCCACAGGUGGUUCACGAGAACCGCCGCCGACCUGCGUGCCAGCAUCCGCGAGUUUGUCUGCAAGGAGAUUGAGGCCGAGCGCAGGACUUUGGCCAUGCUCGAAAACGUACGACCUGACGUACGUGCCAUUGACGCGUCUGGUGGUUUGAGUAGGCUGGGUCGUGAAGCACACCCGGUAGUGCGUCGAACCAGCAUGGCUUCAAGCCAGGGUCCGAAGGGGGAUGCAUGGAGCGGCGUACCGCGACGAACUGGCGACCCAAUGGGAAGGAGCGUAUCCGCCAGCUUUAUGUCCAACGUCGCUGAGGAGGGAGACGGUGAGGAGGAGAGUGCGAAAUCUCCGGCCGGCGGCUUAGCCGAACAGAAUGACGAGGAUGACGAAGACAGAGUGGAUGCCCGCAACGCGGCGAGCCGGCUGGCUACGAGCACCUUCUAA